AUGGCCGCGAUGGAGGACGAGGUACGACAGAAGAAUGCCACCCAAAGAGAUGGCUACAUGGAGGCCAGGGUCAACAGUUUGGAGCAGACACAGGAAGCGUUAGAUGCGGACCUCCGUGCUCUGCAGGCCAGCCUCGAAGAUGGGCUGCAGAUGCGCGACGCCAAUCAGGAAAGCGCUGACCUGCAGGGGGCAGAUGUCUUCGAGGCAGUCCGCAAGUCGGAGAUGGGCCUUUCUGCACUGGAUCGGAAGGUUGGAGGCUUGGCGGAGCGAAUCGAGACGGCCCAUGAGCCCGCGAUCGAGUCGCUUCGUUUGGAGCUCUCGCAGGCCCGACAACAGGAGCGGCGUGAGUUCGACACAGAGCUGCAAACCUUCAAAAACCGGUUGCAACAGGCGCAAGACUCCAACGAGGAGGCAUGUGGAGAGCUCCGUGAGGCGCUUCGCCAGAGCCGUUCGGAGGUCGCAGCGCUGAGCUACCGGCCGGACAUCCAGCCGGACAACUCAUGGAUGCGCACCACAGAGGAAAGGCUGGCAGGGCAUGAGCAGGACUUGUUUGACCUGCGGGAGCGCUUGGAGCUGGUGCAGGCAGAUGGGACGGUGGACGGCAAGACCAUGCUGAUGAAACCGGCGGAGGACAUCGAUGACUUGCGCCGGCGCCUGGAGUGGUUGGAGGAGCAUGGCUCUGCUGCAGCAGACAAGGCUGACUCCAGCAGAAUCUCACAGGUCCAGAACAGUCUCUGCGACCUCGUGGAGCAGGUUUCCAGGCUCAAGCAACAGGCAGCUUCUUCAGAAGCAAGUGCCAACUCCUGGCAGCAACAGGUGAAACAAAUACAUAGUCUCAUUGAAAGAAAGCAGAACGAGGAUUCAGCGUCCAUGCGUGUCACCAACGAGGUCGAGGCCAAGGUUGGUGCGUUGUCUGCGCAAGUCGCCGACAUGGCAGCAAGGAUGUUGGAGGUUGAGGGCAGCUUGGAUUUCGUUCGCGAGAACGAUCUUACAGCCGGAGAGGUCAGCGCGCCUGAGCGCACGGCCCCUGAGAGUGAGGCACCCGCCCAACCCAGCGCGCUUCAGGAAAAGCUGGAAGCCGUUGCCGAGCACUUGGAGGUGGUCGAUGAUCUGUCGGAUCGCCUUGCGGAGCUUGAACGUCGCAUGAGCACAGGUCAGGACUUUCAUCCCUUGGGAAGCUCCUCACCUGGACCAGUGUCCGAGGUGAGCUUCGGAGGCGAGGCGCCCUUGAAGGCCUUGCCGGGUCUGCUGGGUGAACUUCAGCUUCGAAUGGACGCGAUGGAUCUGAAGAUGAAGUCUGUCCAGGAGGCCGCUGCAACGAAGCAGAGCAAGCCUGACGGGAAGGUGGAAGCGGACCUUCAAGCACUGAGAAACGAGCUCGGGAGUCUGACCUCCCGGCUGGGUGCAGCCGAGCUGGAGCUGAGCUCUGCCACGGAGGAGCUGGCAAAGAAGGCAGAGGCCUUUGAGGCUUCCAACUCCGCUCCGGAGUUGGCAGCCCUGCGUUCAGAGCUGCUGGAGAAGGUCAAAGAGUUCAAUGCUGGCCAGGACCAGUCUAAACGCUCGGCCGCAACGGCAGCUGCGGAGGUCAAGGAGGUCCGGGAUGACGUCGUCCUUCUGUCUGAGAAGGUCGAUGCCACGCUCGAGGACCUCCAAGAAGGGCUCACAGCUGCGAAGCAAGCCGUGGAGGCAGCGAUGGCACCCAUCAAGCAGGAGCUGAAGGAACUGCGAAGCAGGCUGCCAGAUUCUGCUGCAGAGGAGAGUGCGGAGCAAGCACUGCUUGAGAAGCUGGAGGAGAUCGAGCGCAAGAUGAAAGAUAUGCAGACUUCACAGACUUCGACCUCGAAGGCUUUUCACACUUUUACAGGGUGCAACCCGAACCUCUGGCUCAUCCAUGGCAUCGGGCUUUCUGCUUGUGUCAGGCUCCUGCAAACGAUGGCUUGGAGGCGACUUCGUGGAAAAGUGAUCGGGAGGAUCUGUUCUGCAUUGAAGUCUCUCCCAGGAGAAGCUCUCGCAGCUGGAGACGGCCUUUGCCAGGACUCCUCUUGGUGGGGACAGCCUGUCGCCAGUCUCUGGGGCCUCGUGGAGGGAAUUUGUCAGAGACCGUUGCAGGAUUGA